AAAUCUGAAAUUUUUCAGAACUCCCCACUGAACUUUCCUUCUUGCAUUGCAACGGUAAUUGAUGAAUCGAAUCAAAAUAAUAUAAUCGUAACGUUGAAAGAAAAACCUGGAAGUCUCAUGGAUGUAUUGAAAAUUUUUAAGGAUCACAGUGUGAAUUUAUCUCAUAUCGAAUCCAGGCCAUCAAAAUUACAUAGAGGUUGUUAUGAUAUUUUCCUCGAGUUUGCCAAGGGAACUGAUAAGAAUGUGGUGAAGAGAAUUCAAAAUAUGUUUAUGCAAAAGGCUCGAUAUGGCAUUAGCCGUAAAACGACCACCAAACAGAAUAAAUUAGAUGGAAUACCUUGGUUUCCAACUAAAAUGUCUGAUCUCGAUUUAUUUGUUUGGGGCGAUGGAGCACAAUUGGAUUCUGAUCAUCCUGGAUUUACGGACGAAAUCUAUCGAGCUCGUCGCCAAUAUUUCACUGAUAUUGCACUUAAAUAUAAGUAUGGUGAAAAGAUUCCAAAAGUUCAAUAUACGGAAGAAGAAAUUAAAACUUGGCGAACAGUUUAUAACAGUCUCAUCAAUUUAUACCCUACCCAUGCUUGUGCUGAAUUUAAUCGGAUAUUUCCACUGCUUCAAGAAUAUUGUGAAUUUGGACCUGAUGCGAUUCCACAGCUUCAGGAUAUUUCUGAUUUUCUCAGAGAAAAAACUGGUUUCACGAUUCGACCAGCAGCAGGAUUGAUAAGUUCUCGUGAUUUUCUGGCUGGUUUAGCCUUUCGAGUCUUUCACUCAACUCAGUACAUUCGGCAUUUUUCAGUUCCACAAUAUACGCCUGAACCAGAUAUAUGCCACGAAAUUCUUGGCCAUGUUCCUCUCCUUGCCGAUCCAGAAUUUGCGAGUUUUUCUCAACAGAUUGGCCUUAUUUCACUUGGUGCUUUCAAAAUAUGGAGAAAAUAUUUUUACAAUCAAAUAAACUUUUCUUUUUUUUAUUGGUUCACUGUCGAGUUUGGAAUUUGCUCACAGAACGGCCAGCGAAAAGCUUAUGGCGCUGGAUUACUUAGUUCAUUUGGUGAACUUCAAUAUGCACUUACAAAUCAGCCCGAAAUCAAGGAUUUUGAUGCGGAGGAAAUCACGAACACUAUUUAUCCGAUCACGGAAUUUCAACCGCGAUAUUUCCUCGCUGAAUCAUUUGUUGACGCCAAGAGAAAGCUUACGUCCUGGGCUGAAAUUUCAAUCAGGCGACCAUUUAAUAUUCGAUAUGACCCUUAUACACGUGAAAUUGAAAUACAAGACUUGAUUUCAAGUGCCGAACAGUUCGCGCGAAAUAUCAAAGAUGAAAUCAGCAAAUUGGAAGAAAUGCUUACUAUAUUCGUUCAUUUACUAUAA